AUGCUCUUGUACAUCGCUUGCAUGUUUGAUCCGUUAGGCUUAGGCACGCCCGUUACAAUCUCCGCGAAGAUUCUCUUGCAGCGGCUUUGGCAGCUCCGCGUCGACUGGGACGAUGAGGUUUCCACCGAUAUCGCAAAGCAAUGGGAAUCCGUGCAAUCGUCCUUGCUAGAACUCGAUGACUUUCACCUCCCGCGAUGGAUUCAAAAGGGAUCGGACACAGUCGACUGCGAAAUUCACGGAUUUUCGGACGCGUCUAAUUACGCUUAUGCCGCAGCGAUUUAUAUUCGGCUCACCUCUUGCUCGGGCAACAUCAUAACUGCCUUGCUAGUCGGGAAGUCGGAGGUCGCGCCGAUUAAAACAUUAACUGUUCCGCGUCUCGAAUUAUCGGCAGCCGUGUUAACGUCGCGAUUAAUGAAGUUCGUUAUAGACGCACUGCACGUUUUCUCCGCUCCAUGCUUUUGCUGGACGGACUCGACCGUCGUGCUCGCGUGGGUAACACAACAUCCCUCGAAGUGGAAGACUUUUAUUUUAAAUCGGGUUGCCGAGAUUCAAACCCGACUUCCGUCCGCUUCGUGGCGAUAUGUUCCCACGGACGAAAACCCCGCAGAUUGUGCGUCGCGAAGAAUCUCGGGAAGUAAGCUCGUCUCGCAUCCUCUUUGGUGGCAAGGUCCUGCGUGGCUAAGGAUGCCUGAUUCUGAGUGGCCGACGAUGAGAGCAUCACUCCCAGACAUCGCGUUCCAGGAGAAUUCGCGCGCGACAGUUCGAAUCGCUAACGUCACGGAAUCAUGGAAGUUCGCAGACCGAUAUUCCUCGUGGCCAAAGCUCAUUCGAGUGAGCGCGUACGUUCUCAGAUUUAUAUCGCGGAUUCGAAGGCGUGAUGAGAUCGCUUUUUGGACGGAAAGUCCGUCUUCAUUGACAGCGAGCGAAGUACGAGCCUCAAAAAAAUUUUGGGUGAAAUACAUUCAACGCCAACUUUUCCCGCUCGAAAUACGCGCUCUCACUCAAAAUAAGUCGGUUUCUUCGAAAAGUCCACUCUUCUCGCUCAAUCCGUUCCUGGAUGAAGAGCAAAUAAUUCGGGUUGGCGGGCGGCUAUCUCAGGCUCCGAUACCCGCUCAAGCUCGACAUCCGAUAGUACUCGAAUCUCACCCACUCGUCCGCUUACUCAUUUAUCAUACUCACUUGCGCACUCUUCAUGCAGGAACGCAAUUGACCCUUGCUACGUUAUGGCAAAAAUUUUAG